AUGCUCAGCGGCCGCGGCUCGCACGCCAAGGGCGGUCGACCCACAAGGCUCGUGCAGGAGGAGAGCGAGAGCGAGGAGAGCAGCACCGAUGAGCAGGGCAGCGAAGAGAGUUUUGCCAUGGAGAGUGGCGCAGAGGAGGGCGAGGACCUGGACGGCCUCGACGACGUGGAUGACGACGAGUACGACCUGGAGCGGGGAGAACGGAGCAGCGAGGACGAGGAGGAGGAGGACGGGGACGAGAGCGACGCCGCGGGUUGCAGCGCCGACACUGGUGCUGACGCAAUCGAGGGCGGCGGCUGGGUCUACUUUUACCAGGCGGUCGUUGUCUUCUUCUUUAUGAUGACGCCAACCUACUUUUGGUACCGGUGGAUCUACACGAUCGAGUGGGACGUCCCCUACCGGCUCUACUACCAGAGCACCAUCUGCGUCGCGGAGAUGUUUGGCUCGAUCUGCGUCAUGAUGCUGGCGGUGAUCCGAUUCCCGCAGCCGUGGGCCUACAACCAGCAGCCUCCGGCGGUCGAGGUUGGCCCAAAGCUGCCGCGCUACAAUGUGCACGUGCUCGUGCCCUGCUACAACGAGCCGUCGGACAUCGUGCUCGCGACGUGCGAGGCCGCCCUCGCCCUCACGCACCCGUGGGCAAAGGUGAUGGUGUAUCUCCUCGACGACGGGAGGAACCUGCAGCGCGAGAAGACGGUGAUCAACAUGGGGAACGAGCGCCUCAUCUACGUGGCCCGGCCAAAGUACCCCGGCCUGCCCGUGCACGGCAAGGCGGGCAACCUGAACCACACCCUCAAGUUCGUCAUCUUUGCGCAGCGCGUACCGCGCGAGAACGACGUGGUUGUGGUCUUCGACGCCGACAUGAAGGCGCACCCCAACUUCUUGCAUCACACGCUCCCCUACCUCGAAGAGGACCCGCGCACCGCGCUGGUGCAGACGCCGCAGCACUUCUUCAACGUCGACCACACCGGCGACAUCUUCAACCACCAGAACUGCACCUUCUUCUUUGGAGUGCAGACGGGCCUCGACGCCUGGCGCGCGACCGUCUGCUGCGGCACCAACUUUUGUGUCCGUGCUUCCGCGCUCGCGGCCGUCGGCUGGUUUCCCACCGAGUCGAUCACCGAGGACUUUCUGCUCUCGCUCAAGGUGACCGCCUCCGGGUGGCACUGCCGCUACCACGGCCACGUCCUGGUCACGGGGGAGGCGCCGGAGGACUUGCGCCAGAUCUUCAAGCAGCGCUCGCGCUGGUGCACCGGCUGUUUCCAGGUCUUCUUCCAGGUGGAGACCUUCAUGUGGGUGCGGCAGCUGCCCAGUAUCCAGAUGCUCUGCUACUUCAACUCGAUCAUGGGCUACCUCUCGACCAUCAUCUGCUUCCCCGUCUUUUUCGUGGUUCCGAUCGUGUCGGUCUACACGAAGACCCAUCCCGUCAAGGAGCUCACCACACUGCUCACGCUCCUCUGGGCCGGCUACUUCGCCUCGAUGGCGGUGGUCAUCGAGAUGAUGCCACGCAACUUCAACCGCUUCUCCGGCUUCCUCGGCUCCAAGGUCAACUACAUCAUGUGGUGGUGCUUCCUCAAGGGGAUGUGGAAGGCGGUGCGUGGCCGCCUCGGGCUGCGUAAGAUUGUCUUCAAGGUGACGGAGAAGAAGGGCGACGGCAAAAAGAAGCUGGAGGGGGAGGAGCAGCGGCCGAGCGACAAGGACGGCCUGCUGGACGGGGAGGCGAAGCGCGAGUCGGGCUACACCGACGCCGAGGUGGCGCUCAUGUACGGGCUCGUGGACGAGGCGGGCGAGUAUGACGAGGAUGCGGUUCUCGCGAUCCAGGAGGAGCUGGCCGAGGCGGAGGCGGCGAUGAGCACCGAGAAGCGCGACUCGACCAAGCACGACCUCAAGUUUCACUGGGGAAUCUUUGUCAUCUCGUUCAUCGUGGCCGUGGCGGGAGGCGUCUCCAAGACGCUCGACACGCUGCAGUGGGGCUGGGACAACACAGUGCUAGCUAACGUCUCGGUGGCGUGGGUCGUGAUCAACAUGGUGCCCUUUGGCAUGGCGCUCGGGUACGCCUAUCUGCCUCACCAGAGACAGGUGCAUGGGCUGCUAGUGUCGCUCUCCUGGAGCGUGUACGCGCUCGGCGUCCUCUUUGCGUUCGCGGCCAUGGUGACCAAGGUUGCAUACGGCAACCCACGCUGGAUGUAA